CCCGGCACAGAGACGGGCGAGUGCCCCGACGGCCCGCCUUCUCGGCGCAGCCCGCACGUCUGCACACGCGCGCCCUGGAGCGGCUUCUGAGGGCUCCCGGUGAAGGCGGCGGGCACGCGCGGGCGCCUGCUCGGUGCCACUGAAAAGACCCAUCCAUGGAAGGCAAACCCUUGCUGACUUCCAAACAGAAGACGGAAGUGGUGUGUGGGGUCCCCACGCAGGUGGUCUGCACAUCCUUCAGCAGUCAUAUUCUGGUGGUGGUGACCCAGUUCGGGAAGAUGGGUACCCUGGUCUCCCUGGAGCCCAGCACCGUGGCUGGUGACAUCAGCAAGCCCGUGCUCACCACCAAAGUCCUUCUUGGGCAGGACGAGCCUCUCAUCCACGUCUUUGCAAAGAACCUGGUGACGUUUGUGUCUCAGGAGGCUGGAAACAGAGCAGUCCUCCUGGCCCUGGCCGUGAAGGACAGGAGUGUGGAGGGGCUGAAGGCCUUGAAGGAGGUGAUCCAGUCCUGCCAGGUGUGGUGACCCUGGAGCCAGCAGCCGCGCCUGCUACUCAGCGAGCCAAGGGGACACGCGGAUACCCUCUCGAUAUGGAAACACUCCCUCGGUUAGGCAGGAGGAGCAGCUCUGGCUUAGCUCUAGAAGCCAGAGGAAAUAUGCACGUCCCAGGCAGACCCGUACUUUGGGCGCUAACAUACCCGCGGAUGGAGGAAAGCUGAGGAUUGUGUCUUGGGGGUUUGUGAACGGUUUUUACUAGGGUCCAAACAGCUGCUUGUAUUCAAGACUGAGAGAUGAGUCAUUAGGUUGGAGUCCUGGCCCUCCGUGUGCAGUAUCUGUCGUUGAAGGAAAUUUUUUUUAUUCACAAUAAAUGCCUAUCCCCAAAUAA